CCGAAGGAUUGGACUGUCAAACAAGCUAAACGUCGAUUUAGAUGCCACACCUUUGUGGGUGGAAGCAGGUUCGAUCACCAACUGUAUGUCUCGUUUGACUCAGAUGCCGAUGCAAGACUAUCUACAAGUACUGCUCCAGCAUCAUGUCAUAGUACGGUAUCUACCUCAGCAGUUGCUAUAUGGUGUUGGUCGGUAGGUAAGAAAUUUUACCCCGCUCAUGCGUUUUUGCAACCGUUGGUAUCUCGUGAUGCAAAAUUUGAUGAUGUAUUGCUUGUUGGUUGCUAAUAUUCGAGAUUUUCACGGUCAUCCCCCUUAAAAGCUUGACAUUUGCACCAUGAACGAGCCUUCAUGCUGGGGCCAUCACAGCCGAGGGCUGCUGACAAGUGGAACGAAAAGGUCGGGUCCUUCCGAGCCCAGAUGAUGUCGUCCAUCUUGGUAGGAUUCAUUUCUUUCCCUGAUGCGGUGCCGUGUUGUUGCUUGAGGUCGCCGGCGCUUAACGGCAUCCGCCAUCGACCAACACCACUCCCAAAUUCUCGGUUGCAAGAGAGAUUUCGAGUCAAGUGUGCCUCGCUGCUCGUCGUUGAUUCGCCAAUGGGUAUUUUACUUUUGAAGAUGGUAUGGGCUUUUUCUACGUUGUUGCUUCGCCCCUUUGACCUCCAUUGGAGAGGGAUCCACACCGGGCCCGAAACCGCGACCCGGAAAUGGGAGCCCGUUGAGGGCCCGGACCCCACUGCCGCAAGGCGAUGCUCCUGCAAAAGCUCACCACCAGACAUGGGAAUUGGAGAUAUUGCUCAACACCACUCUCAGCCCGACCCGAGAGUUUGGUUUGAUGGUGUUUUCCUUGAGGCCUUUGAGGGGCACCUGGGUGUCAUGAUGGAAAACAUACCGGGUUCAUGGACUGUCACCCGGGCAUCGGACUACAACAAGUCAACAGCCACCAUGUGCAACUGGGAGCAAACCAAGUUCGAGGCGUGCAAGCACACCGAGACCAAGCGGAUGGCCUACUCGUGCGCCAUCUACACGAGGCACACCUAUGGAGAAUGCAAAUUCGAUCCCAAGAAGAGCAAGGUCUUUACCGUCAUCAGCUACGGCUACUGCAAGGAGUGCUCCGAGAUGUUCAACAAAUAUGUGAAUCUAUGA